GUCUCCACAACACUAAAAUGUUUCCAAGUUCCUUUAAAUGUCUGUUUUUAAACAAUUUAAGUAUCGAAGCUAUUGGAAGAAGCAGAAGCAAAGAUCAGCAAUACAGGAAGCUUCUGUGUCAAGAUUUAUAACAAGAGGGUCCUAAAAAAAUUCCAAGCUUGAUUGGGGCUUCGAUUGAAGCGGCCAUGGACGAGGAGAGUGUAAGCAUGCCUUUGAUACACAUCAAUGGCGAUGAGGAGUUUGUUGGGGAUCUUCCAGCCAUUGAAGGAUGGAGAGGUCUGCUCAAAGCAAGCUGCAAUGAAUCAAAGAAGCUAUGGUACCUGGCAGGUCCUGCUAUUUUCACCUCACUCUGUCGAUACUCACUCGGAAUCAUCACACAGGCAUUCGCUGGUCAUAUUGGCACUCUUGAAUUAGCCGCUGUUUCCAUCGAAAACUCUGUAAUCGCUGGCUUCUCACAGGGCAUACUGUUAGGAAUGGCCAGCGCGCUUGAGACUCUGUGUGGGCAGGCCUUUGGAGCCAAACAAGUUGGGAUGCUCGGAGUUUAUCUGCAGCGCUCUUGGGUUAUAUUAACCACAACUGCCCUGCUUCUGAGCAUGGUUUAUGUGUGGUCUGCUCCAAUUCUGAAACUCAUCGGCCAAGAUGAUGAUAUUGCAGAUCUGGCAGGGCAGUUCGCGAUAUGGAUGAUCCCCCAGUUAUUCGCUUACGCCUUGGUUUUCCCGCUGUCAAAGUUUUUGCAGGCGCAGAGUAAAGUGUUGAUAAUGGCGAUGAUUGCCGGUGGAGCACUGGUUGUGCAUGUUUUGUUCAGCUGGUUGAUUAUCUUUAAAUGGGGAUGUGGGCUGUGGGGAGCAGCAUUAAUGCUCAAUAUCUCGUGGUGGAUCAUCGUUUUAUCACAGCUGGCUUUCGUACUUAGCGGCAGGUUCAAGGAGGCAUGGGGAGGUUUCACCUGGGCUGCUUUUCACAACCUAGGGGCUUUCAUUCGACUUUCCUUGGCAUCUGGUGUAAUGUUGUGUUUUGAACUCUGGUAUCUCAACAUUAUAAUACUCUUGGCGGGCUAUCUUAAAAAUCCAAGCAUUUCAGUAGAUGCCAUUUCUAUAUGUAUGAAUUUUAUUGGAUGGGAGACGAUGAUAUCCUUGGGAUUCAAUAUUGCCAUCAGUGUAAGAGUUUCAAAUGAAUUGGGAGCUGGGCAUCCAAGAGCUGCAAAAUUUGCAGUGAUUAAUGUUCUGGGAACAGUGUUUAUAAUAGGAGCCAUUCUUAUGGCUGCAAUCCUCAUUGCUAGGAAUGAAUUUCCCAUGGCAUUUACUAACAGUGAGGAAGUGAGGAAAGCAGCUUCAAGCCUUGCAACUAUUCUUGCUAUUACUAUGCUUUUGAAUAGCAUUCAACCUGUUUUGGGGGGUGUAGCAAUCGGGGCAGGCUGGCAAGCUCUAGUAGCAUAUAUUAACUUAGCAUGUUAUUAUAUUUUUGGAGUUCCCCUUGGCUGUUUGUUGGGUUAUUAUUUUGAUUUUGGACUGAAGGGAAUUUGGGGUGGUAUGGUUUGUGGAACUACCUUGCAAACAAUUACUCUAUGCAUUAUUACAUUGAGAACCAAAUGGAGAAAAGAAGCUUCUCAAGCUGUAGAGAGGAUUAAAGUGUGGGGAGGGCGCAAUUAAGAUCUGUGCAAAACAAUCAAGACCUCAACAUGUGAUUCCAACCAAGUGGUUAAUGUGCUAGUGACAUGAAUUUUGGGAUCAACAUUUACUAAUGGUAGCCAAAUAAAAAAAGGGCUACAAACUACGCCCUUGGAUUGUAAUUGCCCAUUAACUGCAAUUUUGUGAGUGGCAUUAAUGUAUAAAGAAUCGAUCUGAGUACUUUGAUGAUAUGGAAUUUUACCAAAAAAUCUCCUUAA